GCCUCCAUCGCCGGAGCCAUGAGCGGCCUCCUCCAGAAGCUGUUCCCCAUCAGCAACUGGACCUCUGCCCGUGAGACUUUCACGAAAGCCACCGUCGACGCCAUGUGGGCCAGGAACCCCGACAGGAAGCGCUGGGUCGCCGCUGCCUGCUACAACAUGAAGUGGGACGUUGCCAACCGCGCUGGAAUCUCUGAUGUUGCCAGUGUCAAGCUCUCCAUGGGCGCUCUCAACACUGACUAUGACUGCUUUUACAUUGGACGCCACAAUGCGCUCUGGACUCGUGGCGAUGGUGGAUACGUCAACCUUGCCAUCGUCUCCGAUAACGGCUUCUGCCGCUUUGACAGCCGCACCUCCGACCUUGACUGCAAAUAA